CCCGGAGGGGGUUUAAUCGCUCUUGAGAGGGUUUAUGUCUCUCUCUCUAAACCCACGCUCUCCAUUAACUACUACUGUACUGAUUCCUAGUGCGAGAAAGUUGCCCUAAGCUGUUUAUCCGCCCCUCCUACUGUGAAACCAUUGCCAACCCCCGUCUCCGCCGCAUUUUUUAUGCCCUAAAAUGCUAUCAAGAAGAGCAAUCUUUCGCUUACUUCGUCGCCUCUCUCUUCCAUCUCCACCCCCUCUUCCUCUUCUUUUGCGAAGCUAUGGAGCUCAGCCCGAACACAAUUCCGCCUCCAUGGCCACCACCAAUGAUACCUUCGACAGUGAAGAUUACAAGGACCUCCACAACAUUGCAAGCACCACCUCUUCUCAACCUAGAUGGAACCAGGCUUAUCGUGAAAGGGUCGACAAAGCCAUUUUUGGGGCUCAACGUUCUCAGAAGAGAAAGAAAGACGCCUUACACUUGGAGGCAGCACAAGUUGAUGUGGAAGAAGAGAGAGAAGAAUCAGAAGUUGAAGGAGAAGAAAGAGAAGUGGGGGUUGUAGAAGAGGAAGAAGAGAGAGAAACGGAGGAGGAUAUAAGGGCUUCGAGUCUUGCUAAGGCUCUUUUGCAAGCGGCAUUGGCGAGGCCCGAUGAUGAAGAGGAAGAGGAAAUGGGAUAUGGGGUUGUGAAGUUGGAGGACCAGCGAUCGCUAAGUGUGGGUAUCAUUGGCGCUCCUAAUUCUGGAAAGUCAGCACUCACCAAUUUCUUGGUUGGAACUAAAGUGGCUGCUGUUUCAAGAAAGACAAAUACAACAUGCCAUGAAGUUCUAGGAGUGAUGACCAAAGGCAAUACUCAGAUUUGUUUAUAUGACACCCCAGGACUUAUGCUCAAACGUGAUGGAUAUCCCUACAGAACUGAUGUGAGGGUUAGAGUGGAAAGUGCAUGGAGUUCAGUUGACCUCUAUGAUCUUCUGAUAGUUCUGUUUGAUGUUCAUAGGCAUCUUGAAAUACCAGACAAGAGGGUCACAAGGUUGAUUAAACAUUUGGGUGAAGAAGUCCAUCCCAAACAAAAGCGUGUGUUAUGCAUGAAUAAAGUUGAUCUGGUUGAAGUGAAGAAAGAUUUAUUGAAGGUUGCUAAGGAAUUCGGUGAGCUUCCUGGUUAUGAGAGGUUCUUUAUGAUAUCGGGGCUGCAAGGUUCAGGAGUGAAAGACCUUGUAGAUUACCUGACGGAGCAGGCAGUUAAAAGACCAUGGGAUGAAGAUCCUACGCGCUUGAGUGAAGACUUUCUGAAAAGUGUAUCAUUAGAAGUUGUCCGUGAGAAGAUGUUAGAUCAUAUUCAUCAGGAAAUACCAUAUGCUUUAGACCAUCGCUUAGUUGAUUGGAAGGAUUUGAGAGAUGGUUCGCUACGAGUCGAACAGCAUUUCAUCGCACAAAAGCAAGGCCACCGGAAAAUUAUUGUCGGAAAGAAUGGCUCCAAAAUUGGGAGAAUUGGAAUCGAAGCCAAUGAAGAAUUGAGGUCCAUCUUCAAGAGAGAUGUGCACCUUAUACUCCGAGUUAGAGUAGAGUGAUAUGUUCACGGUUAUACCACACUCCCUAACGGUCAGCUGGGGAGCUUUGCCUUCCUAUGGGCUCUGAUAUUUAUUCUGUAUAGUAUAUGAGGUCGUGUUCUGUAUAAUAGUAACACAUUCUGGGUUUUUUUUUUUUUUUGAGAAUUUUUGGAAGCUCAAUGCUUCCGGAAUGUAUUCAUUGUGGCUUGAAAUUUUGGCAUAAUAUUUCAUGAUGGCAGUAAAUUAGAAGGGAAAUUUGUUCCAAACAUAUAUGCAUGUGUUGAUUUGGAGCAUGAACACCUCAAUUGAGCAUAUCUGAUGUCUGCAUAAUUGGUUUUGGAGGGCACUGUAAGUUUUAAGGAGCUAUCCAAAUUUGCUAAAUAAUGAAAAUUCAUCGAACUUUGGGA